AGUUUAAUGUCUCUCUCUCUCUGCCUCUGCUAGUUUCUCUUUCCACCCAUCUGCUCUUUUUGUUAUUGCACAGGACAAUCAUGGCUGAUAUCUAACUACUCAGAGAGCAAAACAAAGAGAGUAAUAGUAAUAUGUCAAUGAAGUCGAAAACGAACAAGUACUUGUUCAAUCAAUGGGAGUUUGUAGUCAUCUUCUUUACUUGCAUUGGUAUUACAGCUACUGUUUCUGCAGUUGAUGAUGAAACGUCGUCGAUAUUAUUAUCGAUAAAAGCAAGUUUAGUAGACCCGUCAAAUCGGCUGAAAGAUUGGAAACAACUUGUACAUUAUUGUGACUGGAGUGGCAUUUCAUGCAACUCUAACGGAGUGAUUCAGAAACUUGAUCUUUCUUAUAUGAAUUUAAGUGGCAAUGUUUCAGAUGAUAUUCAAAAGUUACAAAGUUUAACUGAUUUUAAUAUAUCCGGAAAUGGGUUUUCAUCGGCAUUGCCGAAAACCAUAUCGACACUUACUUUACUAGAGAAUUUUGAUGUUAGUCAGAAUAACUUUGUUGGUGAAUUUCCUGUUGGUCUUGGUAAUGCAGUAGGCUUGAAAGUUGUUAAUGCAUCUAAUAACAACUUCUCAGGUCUGCUACCGAAAGAUCUUGCAACUUCGACGUCUCUUCAAAUCUUGGAUUUUCGAGGGAGUUUCUUCACUGGUUCGAUCCCGGCAGUGUAUAAAAGUUUGCGGAAUUUGACAUUUUUGGGUCUUUCAGGUAAUAAUCUUACCGGUCCAAUACCGAAAGAAAUUGGACAACUAGUAUCUCUACAGAGAAUUAUCAUUGGAUAUAAUGAGUUUGAAGGUGAAAUCCCAGCUGAAUUUGGUGAGCUCAUUAGUCUUGAGUACUUGGAUCUGGCUGUUGGGAACAUUGGUGGGCACAUUCCAGCUGAACUGGGGAACUUAAAGAAGCUUACGACGAUUUUCCUGUACCGGAACGAAUUAAAAGGCGAUAUUCCGAUCGAAAUUGGUAGCAUUACUUCAUUAGAACUGUUAGAUCUUUCUGAAAAUUACCUGUCAGGAAAAAUUCCAGCUGAAUUGUCUUUGUUGAAGAAUUUACAGCUCUUGAAUCUGAUGUCUAAUCGGUUAACCGGUCAGGUUCCGAAUGGACUUGGUGACUUGACUGAGUUACAGGUACUCGAGCUGUGGAAUAACUCUUUGACAGGUCCUUUACCGAUGAAUCUUGGUCAGAAGUCUCCGUUGCAGUGGUUAGAUGUUUCGACAAAUUCAUUAUCUGGUGAAUUACCAAGCGGUGUAUGUGAUCGAGGUAAUCUUACUAAACUCAUUCUCUUCAAUAAUGGUUUUACGGGUUCAAUUCCAAUCGGUUUAUCAAAGUGUUCUUCAUUAGUUCGAGUUCGGAUUCACAACAAUUUUUUGUCUGGAACAAUUCCAAUUGGGUUUGGUAAGCUUCCAAAGCUUCAAAGGUUGGAAUUGGCUAACAAUAGUCUUACUGGUAAAAUACCAGAUGAGAUUGGCUUAUCAACUUCUGUUUCAUUCAUCGAUGUAUCUCGAAACCAUCUUCAGUCAUUACUUCCUUCUAGCAUUCUUUCAAUACCAAAUCUUCAGACUUUCAUGGCUGCAUAUAACAACUUGGAAGGCGAAAUACCAGACAUGUUUCAGGAUUGCCCUUCACUUUCCAUUCUUGAUCUGUCCAGUAAUUUUUUCCAUGGAAACAUCCCAUCAAGUAUUGCUUCCUGUGGGAAGUUGAUUAAUCUGAAUCUUCGCAACAAUCAGCUCACCCAAGAAAUUCCUAGAUCGUUGGCAGUCAUGUCCUCGUUAGCAAUGCUUGAUCUAUCCAACAAUUCACUUGUCGGUGUAUUACCACAGAAUUUAGGAAGCUCACCAGCCUUGGAAAUGCUUAAUAUUUCGUAUAACAAGCUAGAGGGUCCACUGCCUACGAAUGGUAUACUAAAAAAUAUUAACGUAAAUGAUGUUACUGGCAAUGCUGGUCUCUGCGGGAGUGUUCUUCCACCAUGUUCUCAUAGUUACAACAUGAAUUCAUUGAGCAAGCAAAGGAAGAAUCGGUUGAAACACAUAAUGAUCGGAUGGUUUGUCGGUAUUUCUUCAGUUAUAGCUCUAGGAAUAGCAGUUUUUGUAGGUCGGUGGGCGUAUAUUAGAUGGAAAUCGAAUGUCAGUUGUUUUGAAGAUCAAUUCAGUGAGAAAAAUGGAGACUGGCCAUGGAGGUUCUUAGCAUUUCAGAGACUUAACUUCACUAGUGCUGAUUUACUCGCGUGUAUUAAGGAAACAAAUGUUAUUGGUAUGGGUGGAACCGGGAAAGUUUACAAGGCUGAAAUGCCAAGGUUUCAGACAACAGUGGCCGUUAAAAAGCUCUGGAAAUCACCACACUCUGAUAUUGAAACUGGAAGUAGUCCUGAGAAUGACGAUCUAAUGGGAGAAGUGAGUCUUCUAGGAAGGCUUCGACAUAGAAAUAUUGUCCGUUUGCUAGGGUACCUUCAUAACGAUUCAGAGGUAAUGAUCGUUUACGAGUACAUGCAAAAUGGAAGUCUGGGCGAAGCUUUACACGGAAAACAAGCUGGAAAACUGUUGGUUGAUUGGGUUUCAAGGUACAACAUAGCCGUCGGAGUUGCUCAUGGAUUGACAUAUCUUCACCACGACUGCCAUCCUCCAGUAAUUCACAGAGAUAUCAAGUCAAACAAUAUCUUGCUUGAUGAGAAUCUCGAUGCUAGGAUUGCUGAUUUUGGAAUUGCAAAAAUGAUGAUCAAGAAGAAUGAAACGGUAUCCAUGGUUGCAGGUUCUUACGGAUAUAUUGCACCAGAAUAUGGAUACACCUUGAAGGUCGACGAGAAGAGCGAUAUCUACAGUUUCGGGGUAGUGUUAAUGGAGCUUCUAACAGGAAGAUGGCCAGUAGAUCCUGAAUUCGGAGACUCGGUGAACAUUGUAGAAUGGGUUCGAGAAAAGAUCCGCAAUAACAGAACUUUAGAUGAAGCUUUGGAUCCAAAUGUAGGUGGAAGUUGUAAACAUGUUGAAGAAGAAAUGCUUCUUGUUCUUCGGAUUGCACUUUUAUGUACAGCCAAACUACCCAAAGAAAGGCCCUCCAUGAGAGAUGUCAUAACAAUGUUAGAAGAAGCAAAGCCUCGAAGAAAAAGCAGUAGUAAUGACAGCAAUAAUUCCAACAAAGAGAGACCCAUUUUUAGUAAUUCACCUGUAAUUGGUCUUCUGUAAGAACGAAAUGAAGAAAGAGAAAUUCGUUCUUCGAGACUGUUAUUUUGUUCAGUAAUUCUUUCUGUAAAUUUUGUUUGUUAAGUUUUUAAUCAAGGAAUUAGUUCGGGUGUGCCUUUAAUAGAUAGAUAGAUAUGAAGAAACUAUGAUGAUAAACAAUGUUCAAUAACUUCUCUGCUAAACUGUGAGUACGAUCUUUGUUCCAAA